AUGAUUAUUGCCUGAUUUUUUAUCAGGUUAUUAUCUAAUAUGCUUAAUUAUGAAUUCAUAUUUUUGAGUGAUUAUUAUUUUUGCAAUAAAUUGCAAUAAUAAUGCUAAAUAAAAAUUAAUAAAAAACGUAUAUAUCUGCAUGCGUGAUCAUCGUGAUAAAUCGCUUACAAGUUCAGGAGGGAGAUAAGAAAAAUUUCAUUAAACAGAGAUUGUGAAUCAUGGAUCAUUAUAUUGAGCUUGUAGCAUUUUUCAUAACAUGAAUAAACAAUUACACAUUAGAUGGAUUGUUCUGGGAAGCAGUGAGUCGUUUAGCGAUAUCUGAUAUUAUAAAGUCGCGCGUUUUAAAUUAGUGCAUUGCGUUAGACGCCGAUGUAUAAAUUACACAAUGACUACAGAUGAAUGCAAAAGUCUAUACAACAUUGUAAGUCUUAAACACAUAAUGAGUGUGUGCAUGUAUUUGUUGAUCUCACACAUUAUCUCAGAGAAUAUGUAUGUGCUUCAAACAAGUCUGGAGGACUCACCAUGAGAGAGUGGGAGCAAGGUUUGGUCUGGGCGUCUGGUUUCCAACAAAUUUGCUCACCCGAGCAUACUCGCAGGCUACAAAGAAAGAUCAGUCAGAAUUCAUUAGUUGUACAGUUAAGUGACGAAGAAAAACUCAAGAAUGACUCUCGGAGGAAGGGUCUUCGUCCUGGCGCUCUUCGUUCAUCUGUCACAGUUACCAUCGCUCGUGGACGCGACAGUAUCGGGAAAUUGCCCGGUAUUCGGCAGUUCUAUGACGCAAACGGAACUUUUGCAAGAAUUGGCGAACGAAUGUCGUUACGAUAAAAUGGUUCGACCUCCAGGGAUGAUUAACGCUACGGAUCCGAUCAGGAUUUACACGAAAGCCUUCAUCUACACAAUCAAGUCCAACAUGGCCAAAACUCUGCAAUUUGACGUGCAUUUGAUGCUGCAGUUCCGGUACCUCGAUAAGCGGCUGAAAUUUUCGGACAUUGCUCCUUACAUGACUCAGAUAUACGGUGGUCAGAACGCUCAUGCUUUGAUCUGGACACCUACUGUAUAUGUCGCGAAUGAACGUACCUCGGCGGUGAUGGGAAACGGCGUCAAGGACCUACUCAUCUCUAUCAGUCCUUUCGGCAUGGUUAUUUUGAAUACAAGACUCGAAGCGACACUCAAUUGCGGUCUCCGAUUGGAAAAGUUUCCGUUCGAUGUGCAAGAGUGUCCGCUGGUCUUCGAAAGCUGGACUCACAAUAUAAACGAAAUGGUACUAGACUGGGAUGAGGAUCCGAUUGUCGUCGCGAAUAAUUUGUAUCUGACGGAGUACAAGCUUGUUGACACGUGGGUCAAUCGCUCCGGGGUAUCUUACACCUCGUGGCAGUAUCAUUACGGGCAUUUCGCCGGCAAUUUCAGCUCAAUAAAUAUCACGUUUAAAUUAGCACGCGAAAUGGGAUUCUUCAUGAUGGACUAUUAUGUACCGUCUAUAUUAAUCGUGGUGAUUUCUUGGGUGUCCUUCUGGUUACAUCAAGACGCGAGCGCGCCGCGAAUAGUUCUAGGAACGAAUACCAUCUUGACGUUUAUGACGCUCGCGUCGAAAGUGGAAAAUUCGUUGCCGAAAGUCUCUUACAUAAAGGCAAGUGAGAUUUGGUUUUUGGGCUGCACGAUAUUUCUGUUCGCGGCUAUGGUCGAGUUCGCCUUCGUUAAUACCAUAUACCGAAGAAAAAAGAACGUACCGUUGAAAAAGGUCAACAGCAAAUACAUCCUUAAGUCUACCUUGACGCCACGAUUGGCACGAAAGCAAUUCCAGAAGAAUACAACCGGACUGGAACGAUCGCGAUCAUGGUCGUCAUUAGAUAACGCAAAUACGAACAGCGAGCAAGACUUUAUAAGUCAAAAUUAUCUCACCGUACACAGUUUCCCAAGCACGAUCAAUAUCCCAUCAGUGAGGAUAGAGGAGGAUAAGGAUCCGGAACCUGAUUCUGUCGGCAGCAUCACGACCAUCGACAGCAUUACUACCCCUCCUCCAUCUAAACCAUUUCCACGCAGGCCGACUCUCGCGAAAUUGCAUAAUUUCACAACGAUGACACCGCAGGAGAUCGCUCAGUGGAUCGACAAGCGCAGCAGGAUAAUGGUGGCGCUGGAGGAUCAGGACAACGAUAAGCAGAAACGUACGGCAUCACGACAAUAUCUAUACGAUGUAGUUUUCGGAGAAGAUUCUACUCAGGAACAGGUCUAUGAGGGUACAACGAAAAAUUUAGCACAAGAUGUUCUCAAUGGUUACAAUGCCACCGUGUUUGCGUAUGGUGCGACAGGUUCAGGAAAAACACAUACAAUGGUAGGAACGUCAUCGAAUCCUGGGAUCAUGGUACGUGCUCUGAACGACAUUUUCUUAGCGGCCAAAAAAUUGCCGGAGGACGCGAAAUUCACGGUAACGAUGUCAUAUAUGGAGAUUUACAACGAGAACAUUCGCGAUCUUCUGAAUCCCAGUUCGGGAUAUCUGGAUCUACGCGAUGACACGCGGAGUCGUAACAUUCAGGUCUCAGGAUUGACAGAAAUCUCCACCAAUUCAACCGAAGAAGUAAUGCAGCUGUUACACAGAGGUAACAAAGCGAGGACAAUAGAACCGACAGCCGCGAAUAAAACCUCGUCGCGAAGUCACGCGCUCCUCAGCGUCAUAGUCAGACAAUCCUCUCGCUCGGUUCAGGAUAGUGAUAAAUGUUUGCACACCAAAAUAAAGCAGGGGAAAUUAUUUAUGAUCGAUCUCGCCGGAUCCGAACGAGCGAAGCAAACCAAGAACAAAGGCAAAAGACUGCAGGAGGGCGCGCAUAUUAAUAGAUCUCUUCUAGCUCUGGGCAACUGCAUUAACGCAUUGUCCGGUGGUGCUCGAUACGUGAAUUAUCGCGAUUCCAAACUCACGCGAUUGCUGAAGGAAGCUCUAAGCGGAAAUUGUCGGACUGUCAUGAUCGUCCAUGUGUCGCCGGCGAGUGCGCAUCGCGAUGAGAGCAAGAAUACCCUAAUGUACGCGGAUCGCGCCAACAGAAUCUCGAACAAGGUCGAGCAGAACGUGCUGGACGUCAGUUAUCUGCAUGUCGCGCAAUAUCGCGACAUAAUCAGCGACUUGAAGAGCGAGAUCUCGCGUCUGCGAAACAAGAUGAAGACCGACAUACCGAAGAGGACGGAAUCGGAGGAGAAAAUGCCGGAUAACGGCAAUGAUUUCAGAUCAUUGAGAGAGAAAAUCGUGUUCGCUUUUAAAGAACAGAUGCGAUUAAGGAGGAAAUUAAUAGAGCUGGACAGUCAUCUCCUGGGUCUGAAUAUCGCUGCCGAACAGCAACAUUCUAUAAUCUCGCAUUGGGAAUCAAAAAAUAACAGGGUUUACGGAAAAACGCGGGAUUCCGAUACAGGUCGUCCUGGCACGGACUACCAAGUAGAUGAAAUAGACGACGUGGAUCUCUUAAAGGACGAUCUGGAAGAUGAUGCAGCCGUGCAACAAGCGUGGACGGAACUGACGGAGAUUACGAGAGAGCGGGAGAGAUACACCGAAAUGCGCAUCGUUGCAGAGAAGGAACUCGAGAUUUGUCGGAAACGCAGCGCUGCACUGGAGGAUGAAUUGCCGUCGCGCAUCAACUCGGACGAAGAGCGUGAGUUGUUGGCGCUGAUGCUGCGAGUCCACGAGCUCGAGGCGGACAAAAUGAUGCUGCAGAGCGAAAGGUUGGUUAAACAACACGAACUGAGACGUCGAGAGUUGCUGCUGCUUCGUUACGAUCGACAGCGACAGAUUUCCGACGAAAUCAUCACCAGGCAACGGCGGAUCAUGGAAGAUGGCCAUCUGGUGCUCCCGACCGACCUGCAGAAUCUUUAUGCACUGUACCAACAAGAGAUUCAGGCUGCGACAUACGUCGACAGCAACCUUGGCGAUCUCGCGGUUUCUCCGACCGUGUCUUCGUUUAGUCGCGGAAGAUUGCCGCCUAUAUCCAGCAGGCUUAGCUACAACAAUCUUAGCAACGACUUGAGACUAGCCAGUAGUUCCACGGAUUCCGACUGGGACUCGCCGCUACCACCAAUUCACGAACCGCAGGAGGAAGUGGAGCACGUGAUGGGACCAGCGGUGCAACCGUUAAUUUCACCAGCAGCUCUAUUUCCGCCGAUAUCGGCGGCGAAUUCACGAAACUAGUAAGAAACUUU